AUGCCACGUUCCUUUUUGGUGAAGCAACUGAAGGUCCACGAUUACUCCUCCUCCAAUCAUCAGCAUCACUCGGACGGAUCGUACACGCUCACACGUGCCAUCACCGAGUCCGCCACCAACUUGGCGGUCCGUUUGAGUGAAAAUGGCUACAUCCAGGAUUAUGUCAUCCCCUCAAUAUGCCAGAGCACAAAGGAUCCUGGCUCGAGGAGGCAGACCGGGCUCUCCGCGGGGCCCCUGUACUCCCCAGGGAGCACAGGGGGCAGCGGGGGGGAGGACUACUCCGACCAUGACAUGGAGCAGCCCGACAGCCCCUGCUCAGGCAUGACCACCGAGUCGGACAGUAGCAGCUACACGGUGGACGCCUUCCUCAUCUCUGACGGCCGCUCUCGGAGAAGGGCCAACCACAGGAAAACAAAAACCAAAGGUGAGGAGAGAAACAGCAUUGCAGAAGUGGGCUCCACAGGAUCCACAGGGUCCAAGGCUGCCAAAGGGAAGCCCGGAAAGUCUAAGGGACCGGGGCGCCACACGUGCAGCGAAUGCAGCAAGACCUACGCCACCUCGUCCAACCUGAGCCGUCACAAGCAGACACACCGCAGCCUGGAAGGACAGCAGGCUAGGAAGUGCCCCACGUGCCAUAAGGCCUACGUGUCCAUGCCGGCGCUGGCCAUGCACAUGCUCACCCACGACCUGCGGCAUGAGUGUGGAGUGUGCAGCAAGGCGUUUAGCCGACCGUGGCUGCUGCAGGGUCACAUGCGCUCGCACACGGGCGAGAAGCCGUUCGCCUGUGCCCACUGCGGCAAAGCGUUUGCGGACCGCUCCAACCUGCGUGCCCACAUGCAGACGCACUCGGCCUUCAAGCACUAUGAUUGCAAGCGCUGCGGCAAGAGCUUUGCACUGAAGUCCUACCUGAUCAAGCAUUACGAGUCGGCCUGCUUCAAGGGCUCCGGAGACGAAGAGGACUGCUGUCCCGAGGACUGA